GUCCGAUGGCGGCGACAGCGAAGCCCAAGUCCAUUUUGUCGUUUUCUAAAUUUUUCCUGCUAUUUGUCGGGUUGUGGAAACUGGAGCUGCCCUUUCGGGAUCCAGCGGCGAUCAAAAUUUACGGAUUGUAUUCAGUUUUCAACGCGGUCUACUUCGCAACUCUCGCAUUGUCAAUCUCUAUCCAGUUCGGAAUAAGUGUGGCGACGAAGUUUUUCGAGCCCGACACCUUCAAGCAACUUUCUUUCGUCAUAGUCAUCCUGACAACCUAUUACGUAACGCUGGUCAUCCGGAGGGGCCGCUUCACUGAUCUCGUAGCUCGCGUUGAACAAGAGGAGAAGAAGCUAAUGUAUUGUGAAAAUCGGGAAAUAUUGUUUUCCCACUUGAGGGGAAUCAGCUUCAGCAACUCGGUGAACAUGACUGUGUUCAUUUUGUGCCUCUGUACGGCGGCGACUCUGCUUUGGGAGAACUUCACGUCCAACAUGAAUGUGGCCAGCUACAACGCAAAACACAACGCGUCUCUGGAGAGGCCAAUUCUUUUGGAUUUGUAUUAUUUCAAUGUGAAUAUGCACAAGCACGAAACGCUGGUGUUGGUGGUAAACGAAAUGGUCCUUGGUUUCACCACAUUCGUCAUAGUUUCGACGAAAGUUAUCGUCUAUACUUGCAUAACGUUUGCCGCUUCGACACUAAAGUGUCUCCAGAUCAAGUUCCGAAAACUAGGACUACGACAAAAGGACGCUUUAAUAAAUUUGAAAGUUCUUAUAAUGGAGCACCAAGGGAUCGCAGAGUUUGUGAAGAAUCUAAACGAGCUAAUAAAAAGUUUGCUCCUGCUUGAAUAUUUCCUAAACUCUCUGAACUUAGCCGCAGUCUCAGUUCAGUUCCUAACGUGCGAUGCCGGUAUGCUAGUGACCCCAAUUUUUUACUUAUGUUUCGUGCUGCUUCAAGUGUUCAUUUUGGGUCUGACCACUGACGAAAUAAGAGUUCAGAGCCUCGCUUUGUCGGACGCCCUGUACGAUGGCCCGUGGCAUUACCAAAACGAAGAGGUUAAGAAAAUGAUAUUGAUCGUUUUGACUCGAACUCAGAGGCCGUUAGAGCUGACCAUAGGCCCUUUCAAUCCUAUGACGAUGCAGUCCGCUUUGGCAAUAUUGAAGGCGUCGUAUUCUUACGUCACUCUGAUGACCUAAAAUGCACAAUUUUAAAUAUACUAUAUAAAACUUAGUCUCAAGAUCGGACCCAAC